AGACCCUAUCAGUAUCAGCACUACUACUACUAGUAGUACUAGUAGUAGGUUGGUAAUUUUGCGAUGUAUUAUGUACGGGUAUGGAUAAUUAAUAAUCAUCCCUCUGUUGACCACACUGUUAUUAAUUAUUUUUGUUUUAGGUUUUCAAUUUAGAGGCACUACAUGGAGGCCAUUGCGGACACUCGAUAACUAUUGGUGAUAAGCUUCAGCAUGACAGCAGUAUCGGACGCAGAUGUUAGCUACGAUCUCGGAGCAGAACUUCGCGUGACUUGCACCGUCACAAAAUCCGAGUUUCGCCUGCGUAUCCAUGACGGCGGCGGCAGCCGCGUCACUCGCGCCUCCGUGAGAUAUGCUGCCGGCUAUGACGACGAGGGGGAUGACCCGCCUGCUCCAGCGCUCGCGCUCCUCACGGACAAGAUGUGCGGUCCGCUGUACAACGAGCUGUGCGGCCGCGAUGGAAACCUACUCGGCGAGCGCGUGAUUCUCGUCGGAUGCCCCGACGGCGUCGUACACGGCGUUCGCGCGAGGACGGGAGACGCUCGCGUUGUAUGCGACCUGGGUGAAGCUGUCGUGCACAUAAGCGCGGUGAGCGUGAGCGGCGCACCCGAGCACGACGUCGUCGUCGCCAUCGGCAAACGCGGCAAGAUGGCGGCGUUUGCGUGGCGGGCGUCGCGCGUUGUUUACGAGGAGAUGCUGGUGGCAGCACCGGUGCUGGCAGCAUGCGUGAGGAUGUGCAAGGUCGUCGUGUCGACCGGUGACGACCUCUUCUGUUACGAGCUGUCGUUUAGUCACGAAGAUGCACUGAAAGUUGCGGAGCAUGAUCUGAAAAUCUACGGGGUGCAAGAUGUUACGUGGGUCUCAGACUGUGUUUCAGAUGACCUAUUGCGCGUUCGGAAACUGAACGGACGAGUCUUCACGUGCGAUGUUGGCGACAGGCUGCGAUCGGUUGCCACGGAGACGAGCAGCAUCCCCUGCCUACGCAUCCAGCAGCUGCUGACCGAAAUCAGCGUCUGCUCGCAGCAGCUCGCCGUCGUCAGCGAUGCUCUCGCAGGCCAGUCCGAGCUGCUACAUGACUUACGGCACGUCAGCGACAUACUGUCACCGGGAGGCGAUCCCUCAACACUCAGCUGCGAUGUCCGCGUAAGCGCAACCGGCACCUGGCCGUCCGUCGUCCGCCACACUGUGGUCAAGCUGACCAAUCGGACUGACCGCCGGCUGUCGCGUCGCUGGACGGUCUUCGUCGCCGUGGAAACACCGGGCGGCCACACGCUCUCUCGAUGCUGCGCGCUGCUUCCGUUGGCGAGCGGGUCGUCGCAGGAGGUUGCCGUGGAGAUGUCGGAGGAGUGUGUCGGCGCGGCGCUGAGGUGCGGCGUCGCGUACGCGCCACCGGGCGACGCCGUCGCGCCGGGGACAGCGGCGCCCCCUGGCGUGGCGCGUGUGCUGUGCAAGACGCGUCUCACGAGCCUCGACGUUCUCCUGCCUGACCCCCGCGACGCGACGGCCCGCGGCGAUCGCCCCGCCGUCGAGCGAACGUUCUCGCUACUCGCGAGCACCCACAGGGGGCGCCUCGAGUCGAGUGCGACGUCGGAGAAGCGCCAGGCUGCUGAUGCGGUUAGCUGUACCAUCGCCGUCGAUCGCAGCGGUUUGCGCGAUGCUCCUAAAGUUGCCUCAGAUGUUUGGCUCCUUGAGAGGCUGCUGGAGCGAAGUUGUGUAUCGCCGGGGAACAGCAACAACGUGCACGCAUUUCUGCCGUCACGAGGCUGCGUCGCCAUCACUGUGACGUCAUUGGCUGAGGACUGUCGCGUCGCCGUUUCUGCCCCUGACCAGCCAACACUGUCUCGACUCUGCAGUGAUAUCUCCCAUGUUGUUUCUCACCUUCGUGAACAGACAGCAAUGUUGGUGGAAUGAGGUGGAGAAUGCACAAAUGGUGCAAUUUGUACAAAUAUUACAAAUAUUAUUGUUUUGAGUUGCAUUGUUUCUCUGAGGGGGAAACAACUGCAGACCAUAACUAUCAGUAAAAGUUCUCAAGUAAACUUUCCGACUAGUUUCAAUUACAAUGUGUUUUGUUAUUGUUUCAUAUUUUUGAUAAUAUAUUUAUACAUGACUUUCUGAA